UUGUUAACAGAGUUCUACUUCUCCUUUCAUAGAUGUUCAUAUAUAAUCUCACAGAAAUGAACCAUCAGAACCAUCAUGAGCCCGAAUUGAAACUGGACUUGUAGUUGUUUAUCAUGUUUGACAGGCAGUCGACUCCUUCGCGGUUAGCUUCCAGUGCUAGCGGAAUUAGCUUAGCCUGCUAACUGGGUCUUUUGUGUGUAUCAACAGUUUGUGUCAUCGUGUGAAAAUGUCUAAAGUCCAAAUUCUGAGAGCGUUACUGAAGCAGCGACUACCUGCAGAUGAUGAAGAAGAGAUAUUUGAGCUGUUUGAAAGAACAACAGCAGAAUACGAGGAGGAACUUUGUGGUUUAAAAGAGGAGAACGAACGACAAAGAAAACUACUGGAUGCUGUUUCUAACUCUGAAGACAAAACAGAUAUGCAGAAGUUGUUGGUGAAAGAAGAGGUUUCUCCUGAGCUGCAGGAAUGGACUUGCAGUCAGGGCCAGUUGGACCAAGAGCUCCAUCACGUUAAAAAGGAAGAGGAGGAACUUUCAAUAAGGGAGGAACGAGAGCACUUUCAAAUGCUGGAGGUUGUUACCACCAUGUGUGCAAAUGAUGUAAAACCUCAGGUCUCACAUUGUCAACAACCACGAACUGAGAGAAACAGAGAGUUUUUGCUUCUUUCCACCAGCUCAACUGAAGAAGUUAAAGCAAAAAAUAACAGAGAAGGUUGGGAAGAAUUAGAAUUCUCUUGCAAUUUAGAACAGCACAGUUCUUUAUACACAUAUACUCAUGAUAUGAUGCCACUCUCAUCUGAACCUGAGAAUGAAGCCAAAGAUAGUGACUGGGAAGAGACCAGGGAGCCUGAGUCACAUUUAAAAAUAAUAAAACUAUUCAAUUAUACAAAAGACAAACCAUUUAGGUGUUCUGAGUGUCAUAAAACGUUUGCCAGAAAGGAACACCUGAAGAUGCACAUGAUUAGUCAUACAGGAGAGAAGCCACAUUGUUGUUCUGAGUGUGGUAAAUCAUUUAGCAGAAACAGUGGUUUGAAAACUCAUAUGAGAAUUCAUACAGGAGAGAAACCAUUUAGUUGUUCUGAGUGUGGUAAAACAUUUCGCAUAAAAGGCAAUCUGAAAACUCAUAUGAUGACUCACACAGGAUUGAAACCAUAUAGCUGUUCUGAGUGUGGUAAAACAUUUAGCCAAAACAUGUCUUUGAAAACCCAUAUGAUGUCUCACACAGGCCAGAAACCAUUUAACUGUUCUGAAUGUGGUAAAACAUUUAGCCAAAAAUGUGAUCUGAAGACCCAUAUGAUGAGUCACACUGGUGACAAGCCAUUUAGCUGUUUUGAAUGUGGUAAAACAUUUCGUGUAAAAUGUAAUCUGAAGACACACAUGAUGAUUCACACAGGAGAGAAACCUUUUAGCUGUUCUGAGUGUAGUAAAACUUUUCGCAUAAAGGGCCAUCUGAAGACACACAUGAUGACUCACACGGGAGAGAAACCAUUUAAUUGUUCUAUUUGCAGUAAAAUAUUUAGCAGAAACAGUGAUUUGAAGAACCAUGUGAUAAUUCACACAGGAGAGAAACCAUUCAGCUGUUCCGAGUGUGGUAAAACAUUUCGCAUAAAGUGCAAUUUGAAAAUGCACAUGAAGACUCAUACAGGAAAGAAACCAUUUUCCUGUUCUGAGUGUGGUAAAAUAUUUGCCAGAAAAAUUUCAUUGAAGAACCAUAUGAUAAUUCACACAGAGGAAAAACCAUUUAAUUGUUCUGAGUGUGGUAAAACAUUCCGCCGAAGUAGUUAUUUGAAGACACAUAUGCUAAUUCACACAGGAGAGAAACCAUUUAACUGUUCUGAGUGUGGUAAAACAUUUCAUGUAAAAGGCCAUCUGGCAAUGCACAUGAUAACUCACAGAAGAGAGAACCCAUUUAGCUGUUGUAAGUGUGGCAAAACAUUUAGUCAAAGAUUUUCUUUGGAAACUCAUAUGGUAGUUCACACAGGACAGAAAGCAUUUUGUUGUUGUGAGUGUGGUAAAACAUUUAACCUAAAAGGGAAAUUGAAGAGGCACAUGAGCCGACAUACAGGAAAGAAGCCAUUUAAUUUAUCUUAGUACUAUAAAAUGAUUAGCAUAAUCUGUUGCCUGACAAACCAUGUGAUAAUUUAUAAAGGAGAGAAACCAUUUAGCUUCAUAUGUGAUACCACCUGAAGAGACGUGUGAACAUACUUUGAAACCUAUAUGUUUGCAUCAAACACAAGUACGACAUUGUGCAAGAGACAAUGUUUAGUUUCAAUGUUUCUAAUAGAUGAAGCAAGUAAAUAAUCAAAUUUACAUGGAAAGCUUGCUAUGACAACUUCUUUUGCAACAGUUUCAACAUUGUGUCUGUGUCCAAGAAAUGACUGGAUUGUUGGAUUUUAUCUGAACAAAGUUCAGUCUUUGAACACAGCCAAACACUUGAUAUACGAGAUGGUCUGGUCUUGUGUAUCAAGUGUUUGGCUCAUCCAGCUGGUUGUGUCAAAAAUAAAUAUGCUUCUCUUACAUUGAUUUACUUGUAGUGGGCUGCCACAAUGUCAGUAUUAACUACUAUGUAUUCCUUUUUUUUUUUAAAUGAGUCAAAAUGAUACAGUUUUAUUUCCAUUGCAAAACUUCACAUCAAUUCAGUUUCACUCCUCUGCCUCUUGUUCCUUCAC